GUCUGAUCGAACAAGACUUCUCGCCGUCAUGAAAUCGCUUGUCAUCUCUUUGUUUCUCAUCCUGUUACUUUGGGAGCCGGGAUCUCACGCUUUGAAAGUUCAGGUGGGGGAAUUUACGUAUACAGUGGAAUCAGUGAAAAAAUUGAAGAAACUCAUGGAUGAAGAUGUGUCUCCUCAUGAUUUAUGUAAAACGUCCAAGCUCCCUGAGGAAUUUUUACCUGUGUGCGAGAAGGAGGAUGCCCCCGAUAUCUUUAUCAAACUGGUAGAAGCUGCGUUUAGUUUUGACGAAUGUGAUCUAUGCGCCAAUCCUGCGUGUCCUGAUUGUCCUUGA